AUGUCUUCGGCGAAAUCAUCGAACUCUGACCAAAUCGUCACCUUGAUGGCGGCGACGGCAACCGCUCGUUCUCUUCCGCCAUUGUUAUGCCCACUCCAAAGUAACUGGGUAGAAGUCCUUCCCUGCAUUCCUCCACCAACCACUGUUCAACACAUUUUUGCAGAUCUGACGCUGUCGACUCAUCCUCCCCUGCCACUGGCGGAGUCGGACGAAGAACAAGCCCCCACCACUGUCGUCGUUGCUGAAGAAGACAAAAUAGAGGAAUCCCCAGUUCAUCCACACACAUCGAGGAAACUUAGACUCGCCAAGGCAAGCUGUCAAGGAAGUGCUCUGUCCCUUACCACUGCAGUUACUCUCCUAAUCUCGCCCUCUUUUCUUGAUUUGGUCGUAAUUCAGAUAAUUUUACAGAGUCGGAGCUCUGUAAUCCAUGGGAUAGACGCCAUUGAUGUUCACUCCAAGGUCGGCCUCGCUUCCCAAUACCCAACCAUGGCAACUGGAGAAGAGAGUGACAAAGUGAAUUUUUCAUUUGAUUUUGUAGAAUGA